AUGCAAGUCUGCGAUAUUAUCAAUGUCCGAUGGGAGGAGCGAAGUUGGCCGGUGAGCGACCCCCUCACGAUUCCCGGCUCCUCCCGCCCUUCUUCGUGUGCGGCUAGUCCGCAACAACACCUUUCUACCUCGGUACCUGCUCCUGCUGCCAACACCACCACCACCACCACCGGUUCUCCCUUCUACCUGCAUCCCUCAACGACCUGUCUCCAGGCGCUGCACACAAUGAAUACCGCCUGGGCCAAAAUGGGUCUGGUUUGCCUGCCCGUUGCCACGGAAAGUGGACGCGGCUUCCAGGGCAUGCUGUCGAAAAUGGAUAUUCUGGUAGGUUGA